GUCAGAUGUUCGAAGCGAUCAUAGUGUCUCCACAGUUUGUGAAGAAGACGACGCUCGCGCGACAUCGACUGGUUAACAGCACGCUGAAGGGAGAAAUCGCUGCCAUCCACGCGUGGACGCCGAAGUGCUACACGCCAGAGGAAUGGGAGAAGAAGAAGGCUGGGAGCUGA